UUUUGUGCUUGACUUUAAGUUUUUCAACAUUUUUUAUUUUAAACCUGAAAUUUCCACUUUUUUCAUGCGCGUUUUUGGCUUCCUCUCUUAGUUUAACAAGUCCGAGUUGACGUGUUUAAUUCGGGCAGACAUGGAGCAGCGUGUAGUGGAAGCGUGUUUACAACGUGACGCGUUAUGAGCUGUUAUAAACGCCGGUUGUGCCGCGGACUCGGGGUGAGCGGUUUAAAGAGCGUGGACGGUUUACAGGCCGAGCAGUGACGGCUUGACCAGCCGAGACACGGACUCCAGGUUUUCGGAAUGGGACACACAAGUCUAGAAAAGCUCAUUAGGCUGCAAAGGAAAACUUCAAGCAUAAGAAAUAUAUGUAUUCUGGCUCAUGUUGACCAUGGAAAAACAACGCUGGCAGACUGUUUGGUUGCAAGCAAUGGCAUCAUUUCUACUCGCUUAGCAGGGAAGCUGAGGUACCUGGACAGUCGGGAGGAUGAACAGAUCCGAGGGAUUACCAUGAAGUCCAGUGCCAUUUCAUUACACUAUGCGGCAGGGGAAAGUGAAUACCUCAUUAAUCUGAUCGACUCUCCGGGCCAUGUGGAUUUCUCCUCCGAAGUGUCCACGGCGGUGCGGCUGUGUGACGGAGCCAUCGUGGUGGUGGACGCAGUCGAGGGAGUUUGUCCUCAGACUCAGGCAGUGCUGCGGCAGGCAUGGUUGGAGAACAUCCGACCCGUGCUUGUCAUCAAUAAGAUCGAUCGGCUAAUCAUAGAGCUGAAGCUCAGUCCUCAGGAGGCCUACACGCACCUGCAGAAAAUUCUGGAACAGGUGAAUGCUGUUACGGGCACUUUAUUCACCUCUAAAGUUCUGGAGGAGCGAGCGGUGAAGGAGGUGGAGGUACAGGAGGCCCUUUCGGAGCCCAGCAGCGGAGAGCUGGUUUAUGACUGGAGUGCAGGCCUUGAGGAGACGGACGAUUCACACCUGUACUUCAGCCCGGAUCAGGGCAAUGUGGUGUUUGCCAGUGCUAUUGACAGCUGGGGCUUCAGCAUCCAUCAGUUUGCGCAGAUCUACUGUCAGAAGAUGGGCGUUCGCUCUGAGGUUUUACAGAAGACCCUGUGGGGGGAUUUCUACCUUAAUGCCAAAGCCAAGAAGAUCAUGAAAGGAGCACAGUCGAAAGGAAAGAAGCCUUUGUUUGUCCAGCUGGUCCUGGAUAAUAUCUGGAGUUUAUAUGAUGCUGUGGUCACCAGAAGAGACAAAGAAAAAGUGGAGAAGAUUGUGGCGUCUUUGGGCUUAACAGUGAUGGCACGUGACCUUCGACACUCGGACCCCAAAGUGCUCCUGAGCGCCAUCUGCAGCCAGUGGCUGCCGGUCUCGCAAGCAGUGCUGUCGAUGGUGUGCGAGAAGCUGCCGUCUCCGUCUGAAAUUGGCGCUGAGAGGGUGGAGAGGCUGAUGAGUGUCGGCACACGCAGGUUCGACUCUCUGCCCGAGAAAACACAAGAGCUCAAACAAGUGUUCUUGGAUUGCACGAGUGAAGAAACAGCUCCAGUCAUCGUGUUUGUGUCAAAGAUGUUCGCUGUGGACUCCAAGGCCCUCCCUCAGAACAGACAGCGGCCUUUGACUCAGGAGGAGAUCACCCAGCGCCGGGACUUGGCCAGACAGAGACAUGCGGAGAAACAAGCGGCCAGUCAGAGCGCAGAAAACCCUGAGUCAGCCAACGCUGGGGGCACUCCGGCUGUGACUUCAGCCAACAGCACCAACACAGAUACUGAUGCACUAUGUGCACAAACAGAAGCUCUUACGGUGAAGCCCACAGCAGAAGAGGAGGAAAAGGAGCACUUCAUAGCGUUCGCACGCGUCUACAGUGGCGUAGUCCGCAGGGGCCAAAGAGUAUUUGUGCUUGGACCCAAAUACGACCCUGCGCUUUCCCUCAGAACGCUGCCUGACGGAUGUUCUGCGGCCGACCCUUUGCCCUCCGUGCCCCACCUGGCCUGCUGCACGCUGGAGCAUCUGUACAUGCUGAUGGGUCGUGAGCUGGAGGAGCUUGAGGAAGUUCCUGCGGGAAAUGUUCUAGGAAUUGGAGGAAUGGAGGAAUUUAUCCUGAAAUCGGCCACCAUCUCCACGUCUCCGGCCUGCCCUCCCUUCACUCCGCUCAACUUCGAGGCCACACCCAUCGUCAGAGUUGCCAUCGAACCCAAACAUCCCAGUGAGAUGCCGAAGCUGGUGCGGGGGAUGCGGCUGCUGAACCAGGCUGACCCAUGUGCGGAGGUUCUGAUCCAGGAGACUGGAGAGCAUGUGCUGGUGACUGCGGGAGAGGUUCACCUGCAGCGCUGUCUGGAUGACCUCAGAGAGAGAUUUGCCAAAAUCGGGAUCAGUGCCUCCAAGCCUAUCAUUCCAUUCCGUGAGACCGUCAUCCGGCCACCCAAAGUGGACAUGGUGAAUGAGGAAAUGGGCCGGCAGCAGAAGGUGGCAGUCAUCCACCAGGCCAAAGACGAGCAGUCAAAGUACCCUGAGGGAGUCCACGUGGAUUCUACUGGCCUGGUCACCCUCACAACCCCAAAUAAAAUGGCCACAGUUGGAAUUCGGGCUGUUCCGCUUCCAGAGGAAGUGACCAGGCUGCUGGAGGGGAACUCCGAGCUGAUCCGGACGAUGGAGCAGUUCAGUCUGUUUGCUCGAGAGGGAAAGACGCUGGAGAUCAGCCAGAAGACGCUGGAGGAGAUCCAGGGCUUCAAGUCUAAGCUAGAGGGUCUCCUGCAGGGUCACAAGUGGAGGAACGCCGUGGAGCGGAUUUGGGCUUUUGGGCCGCGCCGUUGUGGGCCAAAUAUUCUCCUGAACAGUGUGGAAGGAUACAGAAGGCCGUCAGUGUGGCAGUGCGUGGAGCGAGAGAAGGAGAAAUCGGAGGCCGUCAUGCUUCGAGACUUUGACAACAGCAUCGUUAGUGGUUUCCAGCUAGCUACGCUUUCUGGCCCGAUGUGCGAGGAGCCUCUGAUGGGCGUCUGCUUCUCAGUGGAGAGCUGGGAGAUUAAGUUUUCCUCUCAAUUAACCCAACAGGACUCAGUGGAGGAGGACUCUGUUUCCCAGCAGGCUUUGGAGGCAGACAACAAUGCGAGUGCCCCAGUGAGCGGAGAAUCUGAACUUGGAGGAGCGAAUGCAGUAGAAGCCACUCCAUCGUCAGGAAGUGGUCAGGGCAGACGGAAAGGAGACACGACUGACUGCUAUGGACCGUUCUCUGGUCAGCUCAUCGCAGCCAUGAAGGAAGCCUGCAGAUAUGCCUUUCAGGCCAAACCACAGAGGCUGAUGGCUGCCAUGUACACCUGUGAGAUAAUGGCCACUGCUGACGUGUUAGGUCGUGUGUAUGGAGUUCUCUCUAAGCGCGAGGGCCGUGUUCUGAACGAAGAGAUGAAGGAGGGAACGGACAUGUUUAUCAUCCGAGCCGUGCUGCCUGUGGCCGAAAGCUUUGGGUUCGCGGAUGAGAUGAGGAAGAGGACAAGCGGCCUGGCCAGUCCACAGCUGGUCUUCAGCCACUGGGAGGUAAUCUCCAGCGAUCCGUUCUGGGUCCCCACCACAGAAGAAGAAUAUCUGCACUUUGGUGAAAAGGCCGAUUCGGCCAAUCAGGCACUGAAGUACAUGAACGCUGUUCGGAAGCGUAAAGGACUUUAUGUGGAGGAGAAGAUUGUGGAACAUGCAGAGAAACAGCGAACACUUAGCAAGAAUAAAUGAACUGCAUACUUGUUCAUCCACUCUUAUAGCGUGUGGCCAUAGACACUUGUUUCAAUCCAACUUCUCUCUGAGUUCCAGAUAAUUGUCUGCUAAGCACAAAGGCACAUUUAGUGAUACACGAAAUGAAAACUCUAGGUCAAAAAUGAGGUUUGAGAUGCACAAAACCAAAAGAAAAGUCUUUUAAGUUGGCUUUAUUCAUUAUUUUGUACUCUUUUGGUACUGUGUGGGUUGCAGUUUGCAAGCUAGAACCAUGAAACUCUGCCAGAUCAUAGAGCCUUUACAGGAACAGGGGCUUUUGAGUUUGCUGGCAUGUGGAUUUCAUGCAACCUUUGUUUAAGGAAUGCCAGUUGAGAAGAUUCAAAUCUUACUACCACAAAUAACGUCACAAAGGACUCUCGCAUUGACCCAAACAGUCAUUACAUACAUACUAGCACCAAUAUAUAACAUAUGCACCCAAUAUAUACCAGUUUAGCAGCUAUCUAGGAUAGCAAUAGCCUAGUAACACCUUAGCAACCACCUGGAAUACUAUAUAAAUGGCCUAACAGUACCUUAGUAAUCACCUGGGAUACCAUAACAAUGGCCUAACAACACCUUAGCAACCACCUGGAAUACUAUAUAAAUGGCCUAACAACACCUUAGCAACCACCUGGAAUACCAUAGCAAUGGCCUAGCAACACCUUAGCAACCACCUGGUGUACUAUAGCAAUGGUAUAACAACACCUUAGUAUCCACCUGGGAUACCGUAGCAAUGGCCUGACAACCCCUUAACAACCACCUGGGAUACCAUAGCAGUGAACUAGCAACACCUUAGCAACCACUUGGGAUCCCAUAGCAAUGGCCUAACAACAUCUUAGCAACCACCUGGAAUAUCAUAGUAAUGACCUAGCAACACCUCAGGAACCACCUGGAAUACUAUAGCAAUGGUCUAGCAACAUCUUAGCAACCACCUGGAAUACCAUAGCAAUGGCAUAGCAACACUUUAGUAACCACCUGCUAUACUAUAGGCAUGGCCUAACAACACCUUAGCAACCGCCUGGGAUCCCAUAGCAAUGGCCUAGCAACACCUUAGCAACUGCCUGGGAUCCCAUAGCAAUGGCCUAGCAACACCUUAGCAACCACCUGGAAUACCAUAGCAAUGGUCUAGCAACACCUUAGCAACCACCUGAAAUACUAGGCAAUGAAUUAUGUUCUUUUUUUGUUUUUCUUUAAACUUUUUCAACUAGUCUACAGAGGGGAUGGUGUCAGUCAUGCUCUUGGGUGUUGUAUCUCUUUUUGACAUUCGACCGUUAUCAACAGUUAUUAAACCAGUUAUUAGAAAUCUCUAGUCUAAUGUUCUUUGUAGAACCCAAGAGUCCCACACGGCUGAUGUUUUCACUGUUGAUCUGCUGCCACUGAAACAGUUUGAACGCAGGAAGGUGAUGAAACCAGCAGUAUAUUUAAUCACCAUUUCUCGUUUUCAUUGCCAUUAAAAUGAUUUGUUAAGCCUUAGAUUUUGAUCAUUUUGCCUAAAUUCUCAGGCUUUUUUUUUUUUUUUUUUUAGGCUAACAACCAAAAGUGCUUUCAGCCAUUUUCAAUCGAAAUGUCUUGGUUGGCUGAAAUUUCUGUGCAUCCCUAACUGCAACAUUUAUCCAUUUAGUCCCACCAGCUGAUGUGAUAAUUAUCAGAUUCGGUGUAGUAAUUAUAAAUCUGCUGUAAUUUGCAAAGAAAGUUUGUUGGGAAUAAUUGGGAAUCAUUUUUUGAAGCAAAUAGAAGCAAAUAGAUGAUGAGAAGCUCAGGGAGAUGUUGGACUGAACGGAGUUUUUGGCUGUAAUUUUUUUUUUGCUUUUGUUUUAUUUAUAAAUGGCCUCUGCGCUGUUAAUGUUAUGAGUGGUGACGAUUGCUGAGUGAUUUUUCUUUUUAUCCCUCCUUGAGUUAGCCCAGUUUUGGAUCUGGGUUUCAUCUUCUGGUUUACUCUGCACUGUAUUAAAAAGCCUCCCAAAUGACCAGAGACACUUGCAUAAUUUACUAGCCCUUCCCUCUUGAAAUAGAGUUUGCUGUGCAGCGGCUCAGAAAGGAGCUCUCCCUUCGCUCCCCAGUGGAUUCCAAGAUGCAAACCAUUAGGAUCUGGGCGUGGAGGGGGUGGAGGACAUUCGAACAAGUAAAAACCAACACGUAUAUUAUGAUAUUUGGACAUGAGAAGGGUUUUAAUUAUUUUUUGUGGGCCAAAGAUCGCAAAAGAAUUCCCUGUAAUCAGAAUGGAACUUAAGUGUAGAUCCCAGCCCCGUGCAGUUCCUUAAUAGAAGAGUGUUUUUGCCACAUAAAUCAAACUUAAACAGUUUUCCCCACGUUUGGAGCUUAGAUUUGCGCUGGAGCUAUCAGGCUAAUGUUGCUAACAAAUAAUGAAAGCUUAUGUACACCAUUUAGCAUAAUGCCCAAAUCAUUACCCACUCGCCUUAAGUUUUGUCCAGUAUCUCUUAAUAGACUUGAUUGUUGUUUCUGACACUUUGUGGCUCAAUGUUAUAAAUAUGGGCUACAGUACAGACAAAAUUUCAGGUUUCAGUGAUGCUGCUGCUGUUUGUAGCUGUGGUACUUUAGUAUACCACAGCAUAACCAAGUCUAUUAGAAGUUACUGUACACAAUUUCUGUCACGAUUUAUUAUGCUAAUUGGUGGGGUAUAAAUUUCUGAUCUGUGUUAGCUACAUUAGCUUGUCAGCUCCAGUACAAACACGGAAAAACCACCAAACAUCUUGCCGCAUCAGCUGCAUUUGGUUAAGAAGGGCGAGCUUAGUGUUUGUUUGAAGAAUCACUUUAAGGAAACAAUGGGCUGGAGUUCUGAAGAUAUUCAGCCUUUCAGUUGAGAAAUUCUGCCACACUUUGGACGAAAACUGAUGGUUUGCAUGAAAUGGAAAAAAAAUCGAUUUCCUUUAUACAAGAUCUCAAAUAAACAAAUCAAUCUGA